AAAGGAUAAAGUCUUCGAAGCAAAGGCAAUAGUAUGUUUAUUUUACAAUUCAGCACUGAAUUGGAUGCCCUUCUAAAAACAGCAUCCCAUCUUAUAAAGGCAGUGGGUAUAUAUGCUAAUUUUAGGCAAAUAACCAUAUAAAUCUUCAAGGAACGCUCAUUAUUUCUUUGGAUUAUCCAACCAUGUCUGGAGACUCCCUUUAGAUUAUCUGCUAACAACAGCCGCAUCUUACAAGGCAACUAAGCAUAUUGAUACAUUCUUACAGCCUAAGACAGGCUAUCUCUUAGCCUAAAACAGCUACAUCUUACAAGACAGAUUUAUAUGAUGAGAUAAUUAAACAUACAAAACAGAUGCAGCAAAAGUUAUCAAUUAAUUCUCUACCUCUCCUUCUCCCUCUUCCCUCCUCUCCAGCUCCAUCCCGGGCCGCAGGGUUGUUCGCCCUCCAGUCCUCAGCGCGGCGCUGGGUUUCCCUGCCUCCCUCCUCGGCUCCAUCCCGCCCCGCGCUCUGACCGGGGAAGCGGAAGGCGCUGCGAGUCGCGUCGCCGCCGCACCAAGGACUGAGGAGAAGCUACUCUGACAACCCCAACCUUGAUGUUAAGAACGCACCAAGGUUUGAACGGCAGGUUUGAGAGGAUGAAGGUGCCUUGUACCUCACAUCAGUUCAAGAGCCUUGUUACUCCAGGAGGAGCAUGACUGCGUCAUGACAACUGCCAGCAACUCGCUUCUGUAGCAGCAGCAGGUUGUCCACUUGCCAUAUUCUGCUUUACCAGGGCAAUUACCAAUAAUCCUUCUGUCUUCUGCCCAGUUAUUAACAACAUGGUACUCCCGUCAUUAUUAAAGAACUGCCUUCAGCUAUCCUGCAUCCUCAGGACUCCAAAGGCUGGCUUCAGAAGCACAACUAGUGGAGGCCUCAUUAUCCAGUCCGUUUCAAAUGAUGUUUACCAAAAUCUAGCUGUGGAAGACUGGAUCCACGACCACAUGGAUUUAGAGAACCAACAGGUCCUUUUCCUUUGGAGAAAUUCUCCUGCUGUGGUAAUAGGAAGACAUCAGAAUCCCUGGCAGGAAUGCAACCUCAGGCUAAUGAGGCAAAAGAAUAUAAAACUUGCUAGGAGGAGGAGUGGGGGAGGGACAGUUUACCAUGACUUGGGCAAUAUCAAUUUGACUUUCUUUACAACCAGAAAAAAAUACGAACGAAUGGCAAACCUGAAACUAGUCGUGAAGGCACUGAAGGCUUUGCGCCCCCAGUUAGAGGUACACGUCACUGACAGAUACGAUAUCUUGCUAGACAGGCAAUACAAAAUCUCAGGUACUGCCGCCAAGCUGGGAAGGGCAACUGCUUAUCACCACUGUACUUUGCUUUGUAAAGCAGAUACGUUUGUCUUAUCUUCUGUGCUAAAGAGUCCUUAUAAAGGGAUAAAAAGCAAUGCCACUCCUAGCGUCUCUGCCUCAGUGAAAAAUCUCUUUGAAGAAGAUCCUAGUUUAACUUAUGAGAUGCUCCUGAAUGCCAUUGCUGAAGAAUAUGCCAUGCAACACCAAGUAGAUCAUCAUAUCACCUUAAUAAAUCCAGCUGAUGAGACUGUGCUUCCUGGAAUUAAUAAUAAAACUAAAGAACUACAAACCUGGGAAUGGCUGUAUGGAAAGACACCAAAGUUCAGCGUUAGCACUUGUUUUAACAUGGUCUAUAAAGAUUCUGUUCUUGACGUUAAAGUUGAUAUGGAUGUAAAGCAUGGAAGGAUCGAAGCCUGUAACAUUGAUCUGCCGGAGCAGUGGCUGCCACCAGCACUGUGCAGUGAGCUGGUGAAGAAUCUUGCUGGCAGUAAGUUUUGCCCAGACGAGACCACUACGCUAGCAACAGCGUUACUAAGAGGGUGUCCACAAGAUGAUGAGUUGCACAGCAGGUGGAACCUGCUAUGUAAAAAUAUGAUAAUGUUAAUGUGACUUGCAUUUUGAAAAUAUAAGUUCAACUCCUGCUGCUUUUCUAUUUAUUGAAGGCAAAAUUAAAACAAUUUCUACAAGCUGAUUUUUCUCUUUUAUUAGUCAUUAAAGCUGUUUAGUCUUGUGCUUUUGCUUAAUAUUCCCUACUAGCAAUUAGACUUCACACUGCCUGCACCCAAGGUUCCCAAACCAUAGGACAUAAGCCACUGUAAUUGGCUGCGGCCCUAUAUCACUCCAUGCUGACAGGUAUCAUCACUGCUUAAACCAGGGAAAUGGUGGAGGCAUCUCAAACUGUCUCUGUAGCUGACAUGGAUGGGAUGGGGUAGGUGGAAAGCUUCGCAUUGUGUAGUGGAUCAACCCAACAGUUCCACCCUGGAUUACAGCUUUUGUCCACGCUUGUGCAAAAGUCGGGGAAGGAUUAGGAUGUUCAUUGGGGUUUAUGCAAUGAGGGCAGGAGAGGCUAACUGGGACGGAGGCCACGUGUGCCUCCUUCAUACUGCACUGCCUGGCACAAAGCUGGGAGUACACUGCUGCCACAGGCAAUGGUAUCUACUAAAAGUGGGUACAUUUCUACAUUGGAGAAUACACUUGCAAAUACACAUCUAGGAGAAACGGGUUCCUUAUGUUACCAAAUAGGAGAAAAAUUGCUAAUGAAAAGCAACAGUGAACUGAAAAUAACAGUUUUCAUGUUAAAUAAAAAUAAUAGCUCAAUAUAAAGUAACAUCAUGGAAGAAAGGGUCAAGAGGUAUUGCACUGUUUUUGCCAAAUAAGCAGAAUACAAUUUUGAUCAGGUCUGAACAGAAGCAAUUUAUUGCUGUAGCUGUAGGAGAGAACCCAGCGCAGCAGUGACAGCCUCCGCUGAUGUUGAACUCUGCCCAAAUAAGGCUAUUACAGAGUUUACAUACCUAUAUGUUAAACAACUCUUUCUUCACCAAACUGCCCUUGAAUAGUAGAGUUAGUUAAUUUGUAAGAGGUUCAGCAAGCGGAACAGCCAAGGAAAAAGAUGUGAGUACAUCAAGGUAAGUUCUAUUCAGGGUGUAUUAUAGCACAACCCAAUUUACAUGAGUCUUUUUUACCAGAGGGUUAACUAGAGUGGUAGGACUUAAAAGGAAAGCCUGGUAUCCAGAAAUGAGACGAAGAAUUACAAAGGGCUUGUUACUGGGUGGUUCUGGAAUACCAACACCAUUUACAGCUUCUGAAGAUAAGGGAACUGCAGGAAAAUCAGA